AUGGACUACUUUUUGGACGUUGAGUCUGCUCACAGACUGUUUUACAGUCAAGGAGCUCAAGCUCGUCGGGCAACUCUUCUCACCGUGCCCACCCUGAUGACAGCAACCUCUGAGGAUGACAUUGACCGGAGACCCAUCAGAAGGCUUCGGUCUAAGAGUGACACCCCUUACUUGGAAGAAGCUAGGAUCUGCUUCAACCUUGAUAAUGCUCGCCGGGCCACGCUGCUCACCGUGCCCACAUUAAUGGCGGCAUCUUCCGAAGAGGACAUCGACCGCAGACCCAUCCGCCGCGUCCGCUCCAAGAGCGACACCCCCUACCUCGCCGAGGCCCGCAUCUCCUUCAACCUCGACGCAGCUGAGGAAGUGGAAAGACUGGCUGCAAUGCGUUCAGAUUCUCUAGUACCUGGGACUCACACGCCUCCCAUCAGAAGAAGAAGCAAAUUUGCCACUCUUGGAAGGCUGUUCAAGCCAUGGAAAUGGAGGAAGAAGAAGAGUGAAAAAUUCAAGCACACUUCAGCAGCUUUGGAAAGAAAAAUAUCCAUGAGGCAAAGCAGAGAGGAGCUUAUAAAACGAGGAGUGCUGAAAGAAAUCUUUGAUAAAGAUGGGGAACUUUCCAUACCAAAUGAAGAAGGAGCUUUGGAGAAUGGACAGCCCCUGGGCUCUGCGCAAGUGCUGAGCUCCAGCCAGGUAUCCCUGCCAGCUCUAGCAGAACUGGAGUCAGGUCCAGCGUCUGGGGAACCCUGCUCAUACGAGGUGCUCCCAACCACAGAGAUCAUGGAUGGAACAGAUCCUGGUGCUCCUGUGAAACUGCCUUGUAUGCCAGUUAAACUGUCACCUCCACUACCUCCAAAGAAAGUCAUGAUUUGCAUGCCUUUAGGGGGGCCAGACCUCUCUCUCUCAUCCUAUUCCACGCAGAAGAGCUCCCAGCAGCCUUUGACCCAGCACCAUCACACUGUCCUGCCAUCCCAGUUAGCAGCUCACCAGCACCAGCUCCAGUACGGCAGCCACAGCCAGCACCUGCCUUCUGGGUCCAGCACGUUGCCCAUUCACCCUUCGGGGUGCCGGAUGAUAGAGGAACUGAACAAAACACUAGCCAUGACCAUGCAAAGGCUAGAAAGCUCUGGUUUACACACAGGUGACAGUGUGACGAAAACAGGACCUGGGGGCCUUCCAGACAUGAGACAAGUGCCAACUGUUGUGAUCGAAUGCGAUGACAAUAAAGAAAAUGUGCCUCAUGAAACUGACUAUGAAGACUCGUCCUGCCUCUACCCAAGACAGGAAGAGGAGGAAGAGGAAGAUGAUGAGGAGGAUAAUUCAUUAUUUACAAGUUCCCUGGCAAGGAAAGUCUGUAGGAAGGACUCAUUAGCAAUCAAGCUAAGCAACAGGCCUUCUAAGCGAGAACUGGAGGAAAAGAACAUCCUUCCUAUGCAGACUGAUGAAGAGAGGCUUGAACUUAGGCAGCAGAUUGGGACAAAGUUAACAAGACGACUGAGCCAGAGGCCGACAGCUGAAGAGUUGGAGCAGAGGAACAUACUGAAACCCCGGAAUGAGCAAGAGGAGCAGGAGGAAAAGCGAGAGAUCAAGAGAAGAUUAACACGUAAGCUGAGCCAAAGGCCCACGGUAGAAGAGCUGCGUGAGAGGAAGAUCCUGAUCCGCUUCAGCGACUACGUGGAGGUGGCGGAUGCGCAGGACUACGACAGGAGGGCAGACAAACCCUGGACACGGCUCACAGCCGCCGACAAAGCAGCCAUUCGGAAAGAGCUUAAUGAAUUCAAAAGCACCGAAAUGGAAGUUCAUGAACUAAGUAGGCAUCUAACCAGGUUUCAUAGACCGUAGCAGUUCAAUUCUACUGGACUACUAUGCUGUCUUCAAAACACAACUAAAAGGAACCAUAAGUGCUGGUAUUAUUCACUUCCCUGUUACGUACAAUGUAAAUCUUCUGAACUGCCUUUUUAAAAAGAAAGAAAGAGUAGAAAAAAUAAUAUUUAAACAAAAGGAAAAGUGUAUUUACAUGUGAUGGGUUCUGCAGCAUCGUCAGACCUGCCGCCUCCAGCUUCAGCAACAGAAAACACCCCUCGUGGGAAGCAGGCUGAGACUUGGCAUCUACGUACGAGACGUCCCUGGCAUGGGGCUUUGCCAUACAUGUUCAAUCCCAGCUGGUGGCACAGCCACUUCAUCUCCUGGCACCUCUCAUCCCGACAAGCCUCUGCCAUCAAUUCUGGAGAGCCUCGAGAUGCUGUUCGGGGAGUCAGGGGCCCGGGUGAAAGCUCCAGAAAACAGAUGAGCAGCUAUGGCACUGAAGCACUUAGAGCAAACCUUCCGUUGAGGCUGCGAGCACCUUCUGAGGAUGGGCAAGGAGCAAAACUACAGCACGGGCCAGCCCAUCUGUGAGUAUCAUCUGCCUCAAAAGGCAUUCCUGGCCCUGGAGAAGUGUAUGGCCACUCGGUCAGCAUUGUUUCCCAGAAUCACAGAAUCGUUUCAGCUGGAAGAGACCUUUAAGAUCAUGGAGUGCAGCCUUUGUCCCAGCCCUAUCAACCACUCGACCAUUUCCCUAAGUGCAACAUCCACCCAUCACUUCAGCUCCCAAACAAAGGCAGCAGAUUUGAGGAACAGGACUCCCUCCUGAAGGCUGGUUCAGUCCUAGCAACUCUUUCUUGUCCAUGUAUCAUUUUCUAACCCCGGCUGUGAUCCCAUCAGCCACAAGCGGUAUCACCCUCGAGAAGAACCAACCCCUGUCUCGUCACCACUGUCACUACAUUGUUUUCACUCCCAGAGCUGGAGGCCAAGCUCCCUGGAGGGGGACACACAGCCUGAGCUGCAGCAGCACUGUGAGGAGGGAGAUCGAUCUUUGCUGGAGAGAACAUUUCAAGAACUGGUCCCGAAUUCAUGCUGAGAAAAGCAGGAAGAGGCGGUGGUACUGUGGGCUGUCGCGUUGGUAUGGAUGGCAGGGCUUGUCACUGGUACUCACACCUGAGGUGUAAGGGCAGCGAGGCAGAGGGGUUCUGAGUUGGGUUUAAUUGCUUUUUAUUGUAGUGGUUUAACACAAACCGACCCAGUAGAGCUGGUCACUCUGGGCCUGGUUUACCUGCCAACUUCAGCAUGUACUUAACACGACAUGGACGAGCGAACAGCCUCGCUGCACUCAACGAGUCUGGAAAAAAAGCAAUUCUGCUUUUACAGUCUGAACAGAGAGGCCAAAGUUUUUUACUGCAGUAUUGUUAUUUAUGUGGGGUUUUUUUUCUUGCUGUCUUCCAUGUAUCUCUCCCCUCCUCUCUGCUCCCUCUCUACCUCUCCCAGUGCCACGCCAACGUUGCCGUUCACGGAUCACAAGCUGAGAAGCCUCUCACCCAUGAGCAUUUCAUGGCCAAUGCUGCACAGUGCCAACACUCCUGCCUCGUCUCAGGCCUCCAUCUCCUUCCUUGAGUGGCAGGAACAGAGCAAAUGCACCAAUGCUUUCUGCUUUUUGUCCCUCUUUUCUUUUUGUUAAAUUAUGUUAACUCCUGACUGAGCAACCAGAAGGAUGCAGUGGAAGAACUGCCAUUUUUCCCUCAAAUGAUGUCAAGCUUAUUACUGAGAAGAGGGAGGAGAAAGAAGCCAUAUAAAGCGUUUGGCACUGUAGCAAAGGUGGGAGAAUCAGCACUUCACUUGGUUUAGUUUCUGCAGGUCUGAGUAUUUUGCAAAGGUGCCCUUUGGUGAGGCAUUCUCCAGCAGCCCCUCAGUACCCGAAUGCUGCAGCACGUCCUGAGUUUGCAGCCUCACUGCUGGCAGCCCUGGGAAGCUGUGAGCAGACUGGGCAAUGGUGAGCCUUACUUAAAUCUGUUUUCUUGAGCACUUUUCUCCUCAUCCAUGAAAGCCAGCUCUAUUGUGGCAAAGCAGUUGUGCUUCUGUUGGAGGGGGGAGAAAAGCCAAAUCGAGAAAUUUGUCAUGGUUUUUGCCUCCUUCAACCUCGAUUAUGUGCAGGAGAAGAUGGUAGCAGGAAUGCCAUCAUCACAGUUAACACCAGUCAUCUCAAUUUGCAUUGGGAGGGGAGAUGAAAAGUAGUCAUGAAGAAAUUACAUCAGGUUGAGAGAAUGGAAAAAAAUCAACACAGGAACAAAAGUGGCUAUAAGAGUCAGCCACCUCCAGGGCUGAAAAUGGAGAUAAUAUUCUAGAGUCAAGGAAGAAAAGCACAUCGGUUAUCAUCUCCCGAAUCCCAAUUCCACUCAAUGUGCAAGUGAUGUGACAGCUGUUGUGCGGCCUGUGGAAAGCUGAAGGGGAAGCUGUCGGGGCUGAGGAGUGGAAAAGCAGUUCCAGAACAUCUGUAGACAAAAUUCUUGUCUACAAGACAAGACACAAGUGUGAUGGUGAGGACACCUGAGGGUGGCACCAAUCCCCAACCCCCUGGUGACAUGUUCAUGGUAAUGGGGCCUUUCCCCACCCUGCAGCCCCUGGGUGAGGUGUGUGCAAGCUGUAGAAGUGUCAGGCUGCAGGUUGGCUCAGGCCACAGAGCGUGUUGGGACAAUUCCCAGCACAAACUUGAGCCAUUUUCAGAAAGAAGGAAGGACAAAGAAUAUAACAGAAUUUUAAUUCAUUGAUGUUAGCUGAAACAAUGUACUGAGCCCAUUCAAUGAAUACAUUUCAGCCUAAUAAUUCUAGGUAACAGCACUUCGUCAUCACUGCAGCUGGACACAGGACUCGUGACAACCCAUCCUCAGCAAGCCACAGGCGAAGGGAAACCCGGACUUAGAGCUGAAGCGGAGCUUCUAAGGUGCCUGCAAGCCAAUUCAUUCUGUAUAAAUCAUGGGAGAUGACUAGUCUAAUGAGGAAACGAAAAGGGACACAGGACUUUGUCCCAGGUGUUCAGCGAGCUGAAGCUUGGAAGAAGUUGUGUACAGAAAGAGGCAGCGACGGGUACAUGACCAGCUCGCCCUCUGUGUCGCAGUUGCUUCCACCCCACUUACAUUUUGCAGUUGAUAUCCACAUGUAUGUACAUAGUUUGUCUUUGUAUAGGAGUGAGUGUGGUGGCUGUCAAUCAUGUGCUCUUCCAGUAUUGUGUUCUCAAAAGAUGAUGGCUGUAUGAAAAUGAUGUAAAUAAGUAGAAGAGAAUUAAAGAGGCUCUGUAUGUCCCUGAUUUUGUACAUACUGAAACUGCAUGGCAUUUAAAUUAUUGUUUGUCUCUGAUGUAUGCAUUUUCCUAAAAAAAAAUGACUUUUAAA